GUGGACGAGUGUGUCGGAUACAAAGAAUGGAAGGAGAAGAGAGGAGAAGGGCAGGGGUUGCCGAUCAAAACCAGAGAGGAUGCGGCCAAGUGGGAGAGAUUUGCCGACGUGGCGCGAGGCGGAUCAGAUGUCAAGUCCAGAUGUAUCGGUCCUCUGAAAACGGUAGACCGAUAUUGGGGCGCAGGUUUUGUUCAGCACUACCAGUUGGCUUCUAAGGGGGUGAGAUAUUGCGAAGUUAUCGGCGCCGCAGCGCGGGAGGUUCCUGAUCUGGACGAGGCUGUGACGAAGCUGAACAGGUUGAUGCUGCGGCGGCAUUUGGCCACCGGGCGGGGACUGCGUCGACCGCGCGAAGUGGUCAACCCGAUCGAUCAGGCCGAUCUAGUGAAUCUAAAGGCCUGGUCGCACCGAGAUUCAUUCGAGAAGGGCAAAGACUCUCUUCCGUACAGGAAACUGGCUGCUGCCGACUUGCCUCCCGGUUUUGGCCUCGACAAAUUUGGGCUCAUGGUGCGAAAGGAAUUUGCUGUCUCGUUGCCCGCCGAUACCAUUGAAGCGGCAGCCAGGUUCGGUGCCGAUAUCACUGGACGCCCGGGACCCAAUGAUGCUUGCAGCGUCGGCGUGCCGGGGCUUAAUCCCCCGCACGGCGCCAGCCCGGGGGAUUCGAACUUCGGCCGUUUUGUCGAACAGGUCCUCGAUGCUGUCCUUGCACAUGAGGAACCAAACAGGCCAUCCGCUGCCAACGAGAGCGGUGAGAACGCUAGCUUUACAGAGCGUCAUGCCGGCGCCGCCCGUUCCUCUUCUCUGGGUCGCUCCCAGUCGACAACACCUUUGAGCUCACCGCCAAAGUCCCCUCCUCUCGCCGCCUCUGCCGUUGCCGGAGUCCUAUCCGGGGAUGCCGCACGGGAUUUGGCGGACAUAAGCUCAUCCGGCGAUAGCGACGCCGACGAUCGCCUGCACCCCGAACGACAACCAUCCCGUCAGAUCCUUCGCUCACGAGCUAGCGCCAACAAGUCGUAUGGCAGAGCAGCGGCAAAAAAUGCUCAAAACGCGGACCGCCAACAAGCUGCAGCACGACUCCGAGCACGGAGCGGCAAGCCAAGCUACCACAAAGCACCGCCGAGAAGGUUCAAACCAUUCCGUCAGCCGCUCAGCACUGCGCGUUUGCAGGAGCGAUGCUGUCCACCCAAAAUAUCAUCAACGCUACUAG